AAGAAGAGCUAGCUAAGACUACCCUUUAAUUUGUUUGGAAAAAGAAAAUAAAAUGGCUAAGUCUUUUGCAUCACUAGCCCUUCUCCUCACACUAAACCUCAUCUUCUUCACAUUGGUCACCUCAACAUACGUCCCCUGCCCGCCGCCCCCAUCAAAAGGCGGCGCCGGCCCAAGCGGCGGCCACAGCCACCACGGCCACCACCACCACGGCCACUCCAAGGCAAAGUGCCCUAGAGACACACUCAAGUUGAGGGCAUGUGGAGACCUGUUGAACGACUUGGUCCACCUAGUCGUGGGCAGCGCGGCGCAGAGCCAGUGCUGCCCGCUCAUCGAGGAUCUCGUGGACCUUGACGCCGCCGUCUGCCUCUGCACCGCCGUGAAGGCGAACGUGUUGGGCCUCAUCAACCUCCAACUCCCUCUCUCCCUCAGCUUGAUCCUCAACAACUGUGGGAAGAAUCUGCCAGAAGGCUUCCAGUGCCAGUAAUAAUAGUAUUUAACAACAAUAUAAUUAAUUAUAUAUUGUUGUUAUAUUGUUUUUAAUUAAUUAUUAUUGGUUUG